AUGGAGAGUAUUAGUUUGUCUGGGCAACCUCCUCCUAUACUAUCUAGUGAGGAACUUACUGGGGUGGAAGCAGAAGCUGUGGAGAGAAAUCAAUCUCAGCAGCAAACUGUGCCUCCUCCUCAAUCUGUUCCUUCAAAAAAAAGAAAGGAGGUUGAAACCAGAUCCCCAUUAUGGGAUCAUUUUGAGAAGGUCAAAAACAGUAGUGGAGUGGUUAUGCAUGCAAAGUGUAUUUAUUGUGCAAAAUUAUAUGGUGGUCAGUCAAAAAAGCAUGGCACAUCUUCCUUAAGGCAUCAUAUGCUUAACUGCCUAAAGAAUCCUCACUCCAAAGAUGUUAGACAAUCUCUGCUAACAUUUCAGCCUGUGGUUAGUCCUAGUCCAGAGACGGGGGUUAAUGUGGGGGUCUUAACUACUUGGGUGUUCAAUCAAGAUGCAAUUAGGAGGGCCCUAGCAGAAAUGAUACUCAUUGAUGAGCUUCCUUUCAGAUUUGUAGAGGGGCAGGGGUUUAGAAAAUUUAUUCUUGUUGCAUGUCCUAGAUUUAAGAUCCCAUCUAGAUGGACUAUAAGUAGGGAUAUUUAUCAGAUUUUUUCUGAUGAGAGGGUAAAUUUGAAGAAACUGUUUAGGACUUCCUGCCAAAGAGUUAGUAUCACAACUGAUACUUGGACUUCUGUCCAAAGGAUAAACUAUAUGUGCAUCACUGCACAUUUUAUAGAUGACCAAUGGAAGCUACACAAAAAGAUCAUAUCAUUUGUCCCUGUCACCUCACAUAGGGGGGAAUACAUUGCCAAAGCCUUAGAAACCUGUCUUCUAGAGUGGGGGCUAAAGAAUAUAUUCACUGUGACUGUUGACAAUGCCUCUAGUAAUGACACUGCUAUGGGUUUCUUCAAAAAGAAGUUGCUGUCUUGGGGGGUUUCUUCUGUCAAAUGCAAUUAUGUGCACAUGAGAUGCAUUGCACAUGUCUUAAAUUUGAUUGUCCAAGAUGGGUUAAAGGAUGUAGACAGUUCUGUAAAGAAGGUGAGGGAUGCAAUUAGAUAUGUGAGAAAUUCUCCUGCUAGGCUAAAACAAUUCAGGGACCUUGCUGAUUUAAUAGGGGUGGAAGCCAAGUCUAGUUUGACUCUUGAUGUACCAACUAGAUGGAACUCAACCUACUUGAUGCUUAAGAAUGCAGUCACAUAUCAAAAGGUAUUUGAGGCCUAUGAAGAAAAUGAUAGUUCAUUCUCACAUGAUUUAGGUGAAUCUGUCCCAGAUUUCAUGGAUUGGCAUUCUGUUGAGCAUAUGGUGAAGUUGCUUAAAUGUUUUUAUGAAAUGACCCUAAGGAUUUCUGGUUCUUUGUAUGUGACUGCCAAUAAUUUCUUCUCUGAAAUUUCUGACUUGUCUUGCAUGCUGUCUGAAAUGGUGGAAGCUGAAUCUGCCUCUGUUAAUCUGAUGGGUUUCAAUAUGAAAACGAAGUUUGAGAAAUAUUGGGGUGAUCCUGAUAAAAUGAAUGCCAUCAUUUUUUAUGCAAAUAUAUUGGAUCCAAGGGAUAAAAUUGCAUACAUGCCCUACCAGUUCACACAACUGUAUGGUGAUGAUAAGGGAGAAUCUUGUUUCAAAAAUGUUUUAACUGGUCUGAAGAAUUUGUUUGAUGACUAUGUGCAUGGUUCAUCUGUCACUCCUGUCAGUGUUGAUUCUGCUACUGCUGUCACUGGUACAUCCCAGUCCCACUCUCAAUCUGUCACCAUUGGUAGACCACAGUCUAAACUGAAAUCUCAGUUAAAAAAGCAAAGAGCAGAGAGUGGUGAGUUGGGAGGCAAAAAAACUGAGCUGGAAAUCUAUCUAAGUGAGGAAAUUGUGGAGGAUGAAAAUCCUGAUUUUGACAUUUUAAAUUGGUGGAAGAUCAAUACUAGUAGGUUUCCUAUCCUCUCCCAAUUGGCUAGGGAUGUUCUUGCUGUUCCCAUUUCAACUGUAGCCUCUGAAUCUGCUUUUAGCACUAGUGGGAGAGUGCUAGAUGCAUUUAGGAGUUCAUUAACUCCUAGAAUAGUGGAAGCACUUGUGUGUGCCCAAGAUUGGAUGAGGUUGCCAAACCAACCCAUCUCAGUAGAAGAAAAUCUGGAUGAAGUGGAGAGAUUAGAAACAGAACUGGUGAGUGGCAGUGGAGUUGGGAGCAGUGAAGUUGGUUUAUCACUUCCCACAAUUGCUUUGCCAAUUGGCAAAAUGGCAAGUGGCUGGGCAACUAUUAUUUGUUGCUGCCAUUUUGCAAUUUGCCAGUUUGGACUGUUGGAACUUGGAACUAUGAGGCAAGAACAAAUGGAUAAUUUGCAAGGUGCAACAGUUUUGGGAUUUUUGUCAGUUCACCUUCACAGAUUAUCAGCUACACUUAGUUCAGUACUUCAGUUAGUUGGUUACUUGAUGCCCCUAGUUGGCAAAGAUUGGACAAUUUGUUGUAACUUGUAA